UCUGCUGGUGGACUUAACUCACUACAACAGUCGCUCACUUAUGACGUAGCUCACGUGUGUUUUUCCAGCAUGGUGACCUCCGUGGGCUGUAAAUACAGCCGGGUGGACUUGUAGUUUUAUCUGAGUUAACAGUGGUUUAAUCUGUAGUCAUGGCUGUGCAGACGCCCUUCUCCGGACUCCUGUUCAUGCACCGGCUGCUGAGGAUGAGCACACCGGGCCACAGACGUCUCCGCGGCCUGGACCUGCUCCACAGAGGCGGCGGGGGGACGAGGACCGUGUCCACCUUCCCCGUGAAGUGUACCGAGGACAAGGGGGACAGCAGCGCCGCCGCCGGGCUGCUGCUGCUGCCCAGGAGGAGGCGACCCCUGUCCCCCCUGGAGAGGAUCAGCAGCCUGCUGCCCCGGGACGCCCUGAGCCCCGAGGUGACGCGGUUGAUGGAGCAGGACCCUGAGGUAUCGGUCACCCCAGAGGAGGAGCAUGGAGAGGUUGACCCCGUGACCCCGAGCGCGCCGCCCGCCCUCCCCGGGGAGAGCGCGGUCGCGUUCGGGGAGCUGCUGGUGGCCGAGUACCGCAGGAAGGAGCGCGUGGAGUUCCGCAAGAUGUUCGAGCUUCAGCCGGGGGCGCGCCUGCAGAGCAGCUGGGGGGUGAUCCCGCACGACGACGUCGCCGGACAUCCCGCGGGCCGCUUCCUGAAGACCAGCAGGGGCGUGCGCAUCCUCGUGCGCCGGGCCAGCCUGGACGAUUACGCGCUGUACAUGAAGAGGGGCCCCGCCAUCGCCUACCCUAAGGAUGUAAGUGCCAUGCUCAUGAUGAUGGACGUCACAGAGGGGGACUGCGUUUUGGAGUCCGGAUCCGGGUCCGGGGCCAUGUCUCUGUUCCUGUCCAGAGCAGUCGGCUGUAGGGGCCGCGUGCUGAGUGUGGAGGUCAGGGAGGACCACCACAAAAGGGCGGUGCUCAACUACAAGCGCUGGAGGGCGUCGUGGAGCCUGCGGCGGGGCCAGGAGUGGCCCGACAACGUCCAGUUCCACAUGGGAGACCUCGGCAAGGCCUCGCCUCUCCUCGCCGCUCGGGGAUUCCACGCGGUGGCUCUAGACCUGAUCAACCCUCAGCUGGUUCUGCCCGCCGUGAUUCCGCAUCUGCACCCCGGGGCCGUGUGCGCCGUCUACCUCGCCAACAUCACACAGGUCAUCGACCUGCUGGAAGGGGUUCGAUGUAUGGCGCUGCCUCUGCUGUGUGAACGCAUCGCAGAGGUUUCCAUCAGAGACUGGGUGGUGGCUCCGGCCCUCCGGAAAGACGGGAGGUACUGCUCCAGGAUAGCGCCCGUCCUGGACCAAGACCAGAGGGAGGAGGCCGACAGAGAGGAGACGACCGCGGAGGAACACCAAGCCUUCGGGAGUGUUCCCUACAUCGCCAGACCUCAUCCCGAACAGAUGGGCCACUCAGCGUUCCUGGUGAAACUGAGGAAGUGUGUGCGGUAGCCAUACUGCCUAUAAGGGACCAUGGGAGGAAAAAUUACUAUUAUUAUUAUUACUAUUGUAAAUUAUUUGACAAAUAAAUGCUGAAAAUGUUCAA